AUGGCUGACGCUGCUCGUGGACGCGGAGGAUUCGGACGUGGUCGUGGCGAACGUGGACGUGGCCGCAGGGGUCCCCGUCGCGGUGGACGCAAGGACGAGGAGAAGGAGUGGGUCCCCGUCACCAAGCUCGGCCGUCUCGUGAAGGAUGGAAAGAUCAAGUCUAUGGAGGAGAUCUAUCUCUUCUCUCUCCCAGUCAAGGAGUACCAGAUUAUCGACUUCUUCCUCCCCAAACUCAAGGAUGAGGUCAUGAAAAUCAUGCCCGUCCAGAAACAGACCCGUGCUGGACAGCGCACCCGCUUCAAGGCUUUCGUUGCCAUCGGUGACUCUGAGGGACAUGUCGGUCUCGGUGUCAAAUGCGCAAAGGAAGUCGCCACCGCCAUUCGUGGUGCCAUCAUCCUCGCUAAACUCUCUGUCAUCCCUGUGCGCCGUGGUUACUGGGGUGCUGCUCUCGGUGAACCCCACACUGUCCCUUCAAAGGUCAGCGGCAAGGUUGGCUCCGUCAUGUGCCGACUCAUCCCUGCGCCCCGUGGAACUGGUAUUGUCGCUGCCCCCGCCUCCAAGCGUCUCCUGCAACUCGCUGGUGUCGAGGAUGUUUACACCCAGUCCAAGGGCUCAACUGCCACUAUGGGUAACUUCUUGAAGGCUACCUUUGCUGCUAUCACCAAAACUUAUGCUUUCCUUACCCCCGAUCUCUGGCGCGAGAUCCCUCUCUCAAAAUUCCCCUACGACGAGCACAGUGCGCAUUUGCAACUCGCUGGAAAGAAGUACCGUUCCCAACCUGAACUCGUCUUUGACAAAUUUGACCGGGCGUCUUCGCUUUCUUUGGCCCAGUACAAUGGUUCAGGUCGCUCUUUUGCAUCAAGGCAUAGUAUCGCUCUUUAUCCUUCAGUUUCCACAUCUUCAGAUUUUAGGGUGUCCCGACCCAUUCCUGCUCCUCUGUCUAAUCGUCGAUUUUCUGACAUACAUGGGGAGGCGUCGCAAUGUGCAUCCUCGGAGCAACGUCAAGUCGGGGCAGCGCCUUACGACCGCCUUCCUCUGGGCAAGCGAACUCGCGCAUCUCACCAUUCUUCGCGCCGCUACGGAACACAUUUUGGAGAUCUGUGUAAAGAGCCAUCAUUUCAGGACAUUUAUUCAACAGCAGCCCUUUCAGAGAGUGAUUCAGAGCCUGAUCCAUCUCUGUAUGAUAUCUCUUCUGCUGAUUUCCCUGAACCUCCUCCAAUCGGAAGCCCUGUAAUACGCCGUAUGCGAAGUUCUCCCUGGUUUUUACCAGAGCGGGGACUUGACAAGGAUUUCUCAGAUGUUCAACACUGGAGGUCAAGGGUGCCAGAGGCUGCGGAUUUAGGGAUGCGCCCUAAGGGGAAUGACCCUCACCGCGAGUCGCCUUCAACGUCCGACAGUUUACAAAUUGACACAGUAGAUUCUGCUAGUGCCUUGUCAAGAAGGAGGGCAACAAGUUCAAGUAUCAAUUGCGCCCGAAAACUGGAACCUGAGGAUUUGGAAUACAUACGACCGUUUACUUUUCAAGAGUUCAACCCUUGCGAGUCGCGCGCAGACGUUUCCUCUGGAAACCUCUCUAGCGAAUCAGGGACAUUAUCAGACAGGACGGCAUCGCGCCCCAUUCGUUUCUCCAAAGAUUUCCUAUCUGCGGCAGAGUUGAAGACGAAUGAACAUAGUACAACAGCCUUAGGUAGACAGGAAACACGGCCUUUGACACUGGGUGCCCUCCCGCGAAUUAUCCGCAAAGUUGCGAGUAUGAGAUCCGAUAACCAGAAAGACAUCGGCGGAGGCGAAAACGUUAAUACUUCAGUUCGCAUCGGGCAAAAAACUUUACCCAAGGCUCGUUCUUUUCGAUCCAUUUUACGGGCAUUGGAAGGAGACAAAGCUUUCAGUCGGAAUAGUCAUGUUGAAGGAACACAUGAUAUCUGGCCCUCAGCAAGUGUUCCAGGAGAUCACCUUGAUCCGACCCAAUACUACGCUCAAGAUAGCGGUCGUUUCGAAGAUUUCCACAGAGAAAGGGUGUGGCGCCAUCAUAUGUCGACUCCAGUAUCUAGCGCUGGCGCUUCUCACAAUCUAGGUCAGCAAUUACAUGUCGCUUGCAACGAUGUCAUUCCGGAGAGAUUGGAUAGUACAUUGUCGCUCCGAUCGGAACACAAAAAUACAACCUCUCAUAACUUGGUGUUUGCACAAGAUACGAAGUCGUUUAUUGACUUCACCCCAGAGCAAAGUACAAAAUCGAAAUCAGGCGUAAAACGGGAACGAAUAAAGAACAUGGUCGCCAGAGCAAGCAAUAGUUUCCUUGGGUGGAGCAAACGGAAGACAAAGGGCUCUGGUGGUUAG